CCAUUGACGGAAAACGAGAAACGUCACUUCAGCAAAUACGGGAAAUGGCCGGGGGGAGCUGUAGUCGGUCAACAGCCCAAGGAAAGAAUGUACUUUGACUCCGGCGAUUUCGCCCUAUCUGCUGCUCAUCGAGAUACCGAUAAUGGCACUCUCCAAACAGGCAGAGCUUAUCCCUAUCGCGGAAGUAUUUCACACCCUUAUGCUCCCAUCCCAGCCACCAGUAAUGUUGAGGGGGAAACAAACCAAGAGAUGUAUAGAAAGAGUGUAAGCUCAGAAAGAAGUCCUCUCUUGCAGCAUUCAAGUUAUGAAGAUGGAGACCCUACCAAAAAGGAGGAACAGCGUUCUCAUGCGUCACACAAUGGUUCAAGUUCAAAAUAA